AUGGCUCAGAACUACAAAGUCGCUGACAUCUCCCUCGCCGCCUUCGGCCGAAAGGAGAUUGAGAUCGCCGAGGGAGAGAUGCCCGGUCUCAUGUCCCUGCGUGAGAAGUACGCCAAGGAGCAGCCCCUCAAGGGAGCCCGCAUCGCUGGUUGCUUGCACAUGACCAUCCAGACUGCCGUCCUCAUCGAGACCCUCGUUGCCCUCGGCGCCCAGGUCACCUGGUCCUCGUGCAACAUCUUCUCCACCCAGGACCACGCCGCCGCUGCCAUUGCCGCUGCCGGUAUCCCCGUCUUUGCCUGGAAGGGUGAGACCGAGGACGAGUACAACUGGUGCAUCGACCAGACCCUCAAGGCCUUCCCCGGUGGAGAGCCCCUGAACAUGAUCCUCGACGAUGGAGGUGACCUCACCUGGCUCGUCCACCAGAAGCACCCCGAGCUCCUCGCCGGCAUCAAGGGUGUUUCUGAGGAGACCACCACCGGUGUCCACCACCUCUACUCUGCCAUGAAGAGGGGUACUCUCAAGAUCCCGGCCAUCAACGUCAACGACUCGGUCACCAAGUCCAAGUUCGACAACUACUACGGAUGCCGUGAGUCCCUCGUCGAUGGUAUCAAGCGAGCCACCGAUGUCAUGCUGGGUGGAAAGGUCGCCAUCGUCGCCGGUUUCGGUGACGUCGGAAAGGGAUGUGCCGAGUCUCUGCGAGGCUACGGUGCCCGUGUCAUCAUCACCGAGAUCGACCCCAUCAACGCCCUCCAGGCCGCCAUGGCCGGUUACGAGGUCAACACCAUGGACGAUGCCGCACCCGAGGCCGACAUCUUUGUCACCACCACUGGAUGCCGUGACAUCAUCACCGGCAAGCACUUCUCCAACAUGAGGGAGGACGCCAUCGUCUGCAACAUCGGUCACUUUGACAUUGAGAUCGACGUUGCCUGGCUCAAGGCCAACGCCAAGAGCGUUGUCAACAUCAAGCCCCAGGUGGACCGAUACACCAUGGCCAACGGCCGCCACGUCAUCCUCCUCGCCGAGGGCCGACUGGUCAACCUCGGAUGUGCCACUGGUCACCCUUCUUUCAUCAUGUCCGCCUCGUUUGCUAACCAGACGCUGGCUCAGAUUGAGCUGUGGAAGAACAACGAGGGCAUGACCAAGUACGCCAGUGGAAAGGUCGAGAUGCUGCCCAAGGCUUGUGACGAGGAGGUGGCCCGAGCCCACUUGGCCAAGCUCAACGUCAAGCUGUCCAAGCUGACCGACGUUCAGGCCGAGUACCUCGACCUGCCCGUCGAGGGACCUUACAAGAACCUGUGGUACCGAUACUAA